CGAGAAGUAGAGUCGACGCCAUUUACCUAGCCUUUUUCUCAACUAAACCGGCUCACAGUCACGGUGAAAUUUACUUUGUUAAAGUCAACCAAGAUUACGUUCUCCCUACCCCCGCUGUGUUUUUUCGUGUCUUCACAUUAAACUGGUAUCCGCAUAAUCAUCAUGGGAGAAGACAAGGAUGACCGCAAAGUUGAAAGGGAGAGAGACCGUGAUCGUUCCAGAGACAAAGAAAGAGACAAGGAAAGGGACAAAGAUAGGGAAAAAGAUAGGGACAAGGACCGAAGACGUUCCAGGUCUCGUGACAGAAAGAGGAGGUCCAAGUCAAGGGAGAAAGAAAAGGAGAAAAAACGCAGCAAGUCCCGUGAACGAGAUCGUGACCGCAAAAGAAGUCGCUCUCCUGUGAAAAAGCAACGUCGAAGGAAGCCAUCCAUUUACUGGGAUAUCCCUCCUAUUGGUUUUGAACACAUCACACCCAUGCAAUACAAAGCAAUGCAAGCUGCCGGACAAAUUCCAGCCAAUAUAAUGACAGAAGUAGCCCCACAAGUCCAAGUUCCAGUAGUGGGUAAUACCAUCACUCGACAAGCCAGAAGAUUGUAUGUUGGAAAUAUUCCAUUUGGAGUUUCCGAUGUUCGAGCUGCCGAGGAGGAAAUGAUGGAUUUCUUCAACCAACAAAUGCACCUGUCUGGUUUAUCCCAAGCACCUGGUCAUCCCAUUUUAGCUUGUCAGAUCAACUUGGACAAGAACUUUGCAUUCUUGGAAUUUCGGUCUAUUGAUGAAACUUCUCAAGCCAUGGCCUUUGACGGUAUUAACUUCAAAGGGCAGACUUUGAAGAUUCGCAGACCACACGAUUACCAUCCGACACCUGGAGGUGGUAGUGGUGGAGGAGGAGGAGGAGGAGGAGGUCCCGAAACUACUCCUGGUAGCAUGACAGGCGGUAUAACCGAAAAAAGAGCAGCAGGAGGGGGUGGAGGUCCAAUGAGUACUAUCGUUCCGGAUACUCCGCAUAAGCUUUUCAUCGGUGGACUGCCCAAUUAUCUAAAUGAAGAACAAGUAAAGGAAUUGCUCAUGUCUUUUGGACAACUCCGAGCCUUUAACUUGGUUAAAGAUACGGCUACUGGUUUAUCCAAGGGGUACGCUUUCUGCGAGUAUGCCGACGUCACCGUCACAGAUCAAGCUAUUUCCGGUUUAAAUGGCAUGCAGCUGGGAGACAAGAAGAUCAUCAUCCAACGGGCCAGUGUUGGAGCCAAGAACGCCGCCGCCUACGCUCAGAUGCCGGUCCAAAUUCAAGUACCGGGAUUCAAUCUUGCUGCGGGUCCUGGCCAGCCGACAGAGGUACUCUGUCUCUUGAACAUGGUGACACCUGAGGAAUUGAGGGAUGACGAGGAAUACGAAGAAAUUGUCGAUGAUAUUCGAGAGGAAUGCAAUCGCCACGGAGCUGUACGCUCUGUUGAAAUCCCGAGACCAUUGGAGGGCGUCGAUGAUGUACCCGGUGUAGGCAAGGUGUUUGUAGAGUUCAUUUCGGUUAGUGACUGUGUCAAAGCCCAGCAAGCAUUGACGGGUCGCAAGUUCGCCAAUCGUAUCGUCGUCACGUCAUUUUACGAGCCGGAACGCUAUCACCGGCGGGACUUUUAAGCGCUGACGGCUUUCCUCAUGAAAAUAGGAAAGAAUUUUCUAAGUGCGCUGUUUUCUCUUUUUUUUUUUUUUUUUUUAUUUUUGAUGAAGCAAAAUACGUCAUGACGAGCUAGCGUUUGAUACGAUCCAACGCUAAUGCGGCAUACGGGAUUUUCUUUAAAUUUAACUUGUUUUCUUUUUUUUCCCUUUUUUUUCCACUCUCGUAAUGGAUUUCCCCAUACUUAGUGUCAAAUCCGAUUACCCCACCUAUCUGUUUGGCAUAUCGGCGAAAAUAACAACUGUGUAGAAUUGUACAACCACAUUUCCCGAUACACACAUGUGCGGUAGCAUCAAAAUUACCACACAUCAUUCCAUUACUAAAGGCCCAUCAUUGGUCUCAUGCCCAACAUUUUCAUAUCAAACCUGUAUUUCCUCAUUCUUUAUUUUACCAAAUUGGUCAACAUCUUAAAUCAUCCGUUCUUGAUUAGUUCGUCAUUAAAUAAUUUCGAACUACGCUAACACUUGAACUUUGAGGAAAAACUCGGCAUUUUAAAAACUCAAUAUAUGACUUGAACUGA